GCUCAAAAAGUUGUGAAGUGUGCUGUAGUGCUAUUUACGAACUUUUAACUAGAUAAAUGAGGAGACAAAGAGAUUUACCAGUUUAUACUCACUGAAAUAAUGAGUGGUGAAUCUGAUGAAGAGGAGUUUAAGGACGCCAGAAGUAGAAGCUCUGAUAGUGAUGAAAGCGAUGGUACUCCUGAUCAAUGGAAUGCUCCUGAAAUGCCUCAAGAUUUUACUCAUUUAAACCAGGACAAUAAUACUACAGUAGACACAGGAUUUGUAAGCUCUUUAAGUAGAGUUCACUCAAAAGAGGGGAAUAAUCCACCCCCUGUACCCCCCAAAAGUUUUAAACAGAAAAGAGAUGCUUUUGAAAAACCAACAGAAGAGAAAAGUGACACAGAGGAAGAGGAUCAGAACCAGCCUUUCUUUAGAAACAAAACAACUGAGAGAGGAAACAACAGUGAGAACAGAAUGUCUGUAAAAGACAAGGCCAAAAUGUUUGAACAGUCAGAGGAAUCAUUCAGAUCCAAAUCAGUGGAACAUUCACAAGGUCCUAAUCCAUUUAUGGCUGUGAAAAGGCCUCCUGAAUAUUUUGCUAACAGACAGGAUGAAAUAUCAACUUCAAAAAGUGCAGAAAUGGUAGUGGAAACUAAUAUUGACACUGGUCAGCUGGAAAACUCUUCUCACAUAUCAGAACCAUUUCAAGAGGCUGUGAUUCAGAGUAAAGGUAAUGGUGAAGAAAGUCAAAGCAUAAAUAAACCAUUAGGACCAACAGUAGAUUCAGAACAACAUUAUAGGCUGCAGGAUGAAGAUGUUGAAAAAACAUUAAGGGGAUCUCCUCAACUGAAACACAAAGAACAACAGGAACAUCCUGAAGCUGAAAAGUUAUCAUCAAGGCAGCACCAUGACCAAGAGAGCCACUUCAUCUCUGAGAUAGAAAGACCAUUCCCAUGGUCACAACAACAUACAAGAACACAACAGCAUCCUGGGCCAAAGUCGUCACAUUGGGGAUGGCCAGGUACUCCCCCACCUCAGGAAGGAAUGUAUAGCCCUGGCAGACAGUUCUCUCAAAUGCAGCCUCAAUACCAAGGUGUUCCUGAAGAUCCAUCAGGUUUCCCUCGUCCAGUUUAUAAUCCUUCAAAUACAGGUCCAAGAGAAAUGCAACCAAUAUCUCCUGAACAACCUCAUGAAUGGAAUCAAAGAGGACCAGUACCAUAUCCCUAUGGAUUUUAUGGAUUUCCACAUCAACCAUUCCCUGUUCCACCAGAGGUAGUUAAUCCUGAUAUACCGGUAUUAGGUCAAGUGCAGAGAACACCAUCCAAAAGUCAAUUUACUGGACAAGGCCAAACAGAGCAUAGUUCUCAUCAAACGUAUGGUGUGCCCCAAAAGCUUAAACCAGAACCCGAGCAUGGUACACCAUCUAAGAAAACAAAAAAUCCUGUCAGACAAGUUCCAACAGGAAAGGGAGAGAUACAAGGAACUCAGCAAAAGGAAGGAGCAGAGAGUACCAGUACAUCAAAAAAACAGGAUGGUAAAUCUGGAGGACUCAGAAGGAAAUUAACCCAAGAAGAUGAUAGUCAAGAGGAACAAGGUUCAAAAGCAGAUGAUAAAAAGUCUGGUCCUUCUCAACAGGGACCAGAGAAGUGUUAUAUAUGUGUGUCUGGUAUUGGCAAGGAUACAACUACUGAAUCAGUCUUCAAUUAUCUGGAAAUAAGAGCCAAACUUGAGAUAAUUACUGCAGAAUCCAUGAGGGACAAGGAAGAUCAUGCUGUUGUUGUAUUUGAGGAUAAGAUAGAUAUAGAAAAGCUUAGAGAAUCAUGUAGAACUAAAAAAAUGACAAGUAUUAAUUUGGAAUUUGGAGAAGUUGAUCCACCAAAGUUAGUUAUAGCCAGUUCCCAUGAUGACAAAUUAACAGAAGAUACUUUCAGGAAUUAUUUAGAAUCCAAAAGGAAACUUUCUGUUCAGAGAGUUUAUACCACUGAAGAAGGAUUUAUUUCAGCAAAGUUUAAGGAUAAUUCAGAAGUUGAAAAAAUUCUUAAGGAUACCAAUAUUAAAAUCAGUGGGUGUGAAGUUAUUGUUUCACCAAUGUAUUAUUGUGACCAUGGGAUGUGUUGGGAUCACAAUUUGCAUAGAGUUUCCAUUCCUGCUCCUUUCAAACUAUCUGUUCCAGAUAGUCAUAUCAAAUCUUUCAUCAUAGAAAUUACAUCAGUAUGUGAUGCAAAACUUAAAGCACAUCAUGGUCGAUUGAUGCAAAAGGAUGAAAUGCAUAUUGAAUGUACACUUGACCCUAAAAACAAAGAUACUAGACAGAAAGUUAAAACAUGGGAAAAGGAUAUAAGAAAAGCAUGGGAAGAAUUUGUUAAAUGUUGUGCUCACAAAAAGGAAAUACAGAUUAAUGAUGCAAUAAAAGAUUCACUACUUGAAUAUAUCAACAAAACUAAAAUUAGUCAUACAUCUGAAGAAUUGACAGUUUUGUUUAGUGAUGAUUCUCAACGGAAAUUUGUUUUUGUCGGUGAAUCCAAAAUUGUUGAAAACUUCCAUAACCAAAUCUCAGCAAAGAAGAUAGAAAUUCAAGAGAAAUUAGAUAGAAAGAAUAAAAUCACAUCAAAAACAAUGAAGAAUAUAAGUCCAUUACACCUUGCUUUAUUGAAAGAGGUUCAUGUGCUUGAUGAUCUGCAGUCCUUGGCAGAUGAUUUAAAUAUUGAAGCAGACGACACUACUGGACAGGUUACAUUGAUAGGUGUUCCUGAUGAUAUAAGGUCUGCAGAAAUAAAAAUUUAUGAGGCAAAAAAUGAUUAUGAACUUUGGCAAAUAGAUGAUCUUUCCAUGAAUAAAUGUAAACUGCUGGAGAAGGACGUUAUACUUCAGACAAUUGUGGAGAACAUUAGGGAUAACCAUCUCCAUGUCGUUAUAGAAGUUAAACCACCAGUAGUUAAAGUUUGCACAAAUUGCCAAAACAAGAAAAAACUGGUAGAAAAGAUAAUCAAGGAUGAAAUAGAAGAAGAAAAAAUUGUAUUAGAUUCAACAAAUCAGAUUGUACUCACAAUUGAUGAGUGGACUGACAAAAAGGAAGAAAUACAAAAUGAUUUCAGUGGCACUUGUAUUAUAGAUGACAGUCAGGGUGACAGCAUUGUUGUCACUGCUAGGAGUCUGCUUCUUGAUGGUAUAAUGGUGGAAUUAAAUGAUUUCAUUGUCAGCCAUUCCAUAUACACUGAUACUGUUGUAAUUCAAGAUGAUGGAGUCAUGAAAUAUCUUGAAAAGCACUGCAACAGUUGGAAAUCAAUUCUAGAAUUUGAUCAGAGUAAACAUUCACUGAAGAUGGAAUUUAGAAGAAAUAUGGUAUAUCUAUCUGGUACCAAAAUUGGGAUUACCAUGGCAAAAGAGGGAAUAAAUGAUAAAAUCCGAAGAAUUGGUCAACCAGACAUGCACAGUAUUUCGAAACCAGGUAUUGAUUCAUUAUUUGAUAAUAAGCACAAGACUUCGAAUAUACUUGAGCAAAUAGAAGAUGACACAGAAACUAUUAUAUUGGUGGAUGAAAACCUCAAGUGUGGGGCAAAACCAAAACAAGUCUAUCAACAUGAACAGUCAGAGGAAGAUUUUGUAAUGGAUUAUGCAGCUCAAAAUUUCCACAGACAAAAUACUGGAAGAAAAAUGCAUGGGAAACAGUUUCCACAGAAAGGACAUAAAGUCCCUAAGACAGGACCAUAUGUUUGCAAAAACAAAACUAAAAUCACAUUGGUGCUAAAACAGGGUCUUAGUAAACAACAAGCUGAUGUAAUUGUCUGUUCCACCAAUGCCUCGUUAGACUUGACUGGUAAAGCAGGUAGUGAUCUUGUCAAAGGAGCAGGGCAAGGUUUACUUCUAGAAAUCAAGAUUAAAUACUCAGAUGGUAUUAAACAUGGUGAUAUUGCUGUUCUUCAAGGUCAUAGCCUGAACUGUCAAAAAGUCUUUCUUGCUGCUUUACCAUCAUGGAAAACUGGUGUUGAAAAGACUCUGCAGGACAGCUUAAAUGCUUGUUUAAAGAAUGCCUCUGGUUACAAGUCAAUAGUUUUACCUGCCAUGGGAACUGGUGCUUUCAGUUAUCCUCGUGAUAAAGUAGCAGAAUUGAUGUAUACAACAGUCUGUGAAUUUGAUAAGACUGGGAGUAAUUUAAAGGAUGUUAGAUUUUUGUGUUUUGAUGAUGACACAAUUCAGGCAUUCAAAGAUGAGGAAGCCCAUAGACUAGAUCCAAAGGGACAUCAUGGACUAGAAAAAGCAACUGGUCCUAACAAGAAAAAUAAUAUAACAGUUACUGUUGUAAAGGGUGACCUUGGAAAAAUGACAACUGAUGUCUUAGUUGCUGCAGUACCAAAAGAUUUAAAUUUAGAAUCUGCUGCUGGAGCAGGAUUGUCUUUGAUGAAACAUGUCCCUAAUCUUCAAGCAGAAAUCAAUAACAAAUAUUCAAAUGGUAUAAGAAUGGGAGGAUUUGCUGAAAUUCCAGUAUCUAGUGGUGGAACAUGUAAAGCUGUAUAUUUAACUUCUAUAGAACCAUGGAAUGUAGAAAAGUCCAAGAAAGAUGAAGAAAUGCAAAUUUGGAAGUUUGUUUACAAAUGCUUAGAGACAAUGAGCAAGUCCAAAUUACAUUCUAUUGCAAUCCCAGCUAUGGGUACUAGUAAAAUUGGAUAUCCACCUUGGAGAGUUGCUGCCAUGAUGUACAAUAUUGUUGACAAAUUCUCUGACAACAACAAAAGAAGUACAAUCAAGGAUAUGAAGCUGAUUGUUUAUCCUUCAGACACUAAUACAGUGAAGGCUUUUGAAAAGGAAGAAGUGAAAAGAAUUCCAAGUGCUAGAUCAGGACCAAAGAGAAUUGUUAAUAUUUACAGAACAGACGUCAAAGAAUUUAUGAUUGGAGAUGAUUUGAAAUUCAGUGUAGAGCAAGGAAAUAUUCUUAAAAAGAAAUGUGAUGCUAUUGUUAACAGUACCAAUGAUGAUUUGGAUAUGUCAAAAGGUGCAGUAGCCCAAGCGUUGAAAGCUCAGUGUGACAAGAAGAAACUGGAUGAAGAAUGCACAAAGAAAAGAGAAAAUAUGAAGAAACACAAGAUUACAUCAACAAGUGGCUGUGGGCUUCCAGUACAUUUUAUUUUUCAUAUAACUUAUCAGUCUACUUCUGCACAAUGGAAGAAAAUGAUUGGAAAAGCAAUGAAGAAAGCUGAAGACAAGAAAUUGAAGACAUUGUCACUUCCUGCUCUCGGCACAGGUGGCAAUGCUACAGACCCUCACUUGAUGGGUCAGACUAUAGUAGAGGGUCUCAAGGAGUACUUGGAAGACAAUGAUUUAAAGACAUUAAAACAUGUAUAUCUUGUAAUAUUUCAACCUGAUAUGGUGACAUCAAUGUUACAAGGUAUAGGCCAAGCAUCUCAAAGGGUUCCAGCUGCUGGUCCAGUUGGUAAAUUUGUUGUGAUGCAUGAUGACCCAGUAGGUACUGAUACUGUAAAAUUUUUAAUCUAUGGAGAAAGGAACACUCAUAGUGUCAAACAGAUGUUGAUGAAAGCAAUAGAAUCAGAGUAUGAAAAGAAAGAAAUGCAUGAUUCUGUUAUCGAAGGCUUAACAGACAAUGAGCAAGCAGCAAUCCAUAGUGUAAAGAAAGAUCUCCCUAUUAAGAUAUAUAUAGAUAAACAAGCAAGCCAGAUAGUUUUAGAGGGGCUAAAGGCUCACAUAAUAGAUGCUUUAAAUAAAAUCCAUCGUUGGCUUAGCAAAUUUAGACAUAGACGACAUUGUGAAGUGGAAGCAAAAAUCAUGAAUGACCAAGUUCAAUGGUUUUUCAAAGAAAUAGACCAAUCAGGAAAACAACUUCUUCGUGAAUAUCCUCGUUUGAUAAAUAUGCAUCUUGAAAAUGCACAUCGUGGUAUUUCUGGACGAUCGGAUGUUGACUUCCAAGAAGCUUCUGGUAUUAAAUAUAUUAUUGAUUUGAAUACUAUGAAGGAAUAUCCAGUUAAUGAUCCAACUGACACAGUAGAAGUUAUCAGAAGAGAAAAAUUAAAAGAUGCAGAAACAUUUAAUCUUCCUUCCAAAUGGGAUGAUAAUAAUGAUCAGAAUUUGAAGGUUAUAACACUGUUGAACUACUCACAAGAAUUCAUGGAUGUGGAAAAAAUGUUUAAGACAUCUGUAUUAAAUGGACAUUACAAAUCUCAGUUUAAUGCUUCAACUUUCAAAGUUACAAAAAUUGAAAGAAUCCAGAAUAUUUCUUUGUACCAGAUGUACGCAGCAAAAAGAAAGCUUAUAAAAGAUCAGAACCAAGGUUCAAAUGUUGUGGUUGAACAACAACUCUGGCAUGGAACUGGGAGUGAUGCAGUACCAAGUAUAAUAAUGUAUGGUUAUAAUAGAAGUUAUUGCGGUAAAAAUGGUACAUGGUUUGGAUAUGGUGUAUACUUUGCAAAUGAUGCAUCUUACUCCGCAAGAAACUGGGUUUCUCCAGGUGGAACUACAACUAGUGUCAGUCAGAUUUUCCUGAGUAAUGUUUUAACUGGUAAAUACUGUAAAGGAGAUCCAAAUAUGCGUGUUUUACCACAAAGGAGUGAUGGAUCAAUGUUGAACUUUGAUUCUGGUGUUGAUGAUGUUAACAAACCACUCGAGUAUGUCAUAUUCAAUGACACACAAGCCUAUCCAGAAUACUGUAUAUCUUUUGUAAAAUAAUUUACAAAAACAUUCUCCAGGAUGUAUGCAAGUCCACUGUUGGAAGAAGUAGCAUAAUGCAUAAGAAGGUCCUUCAAACCUACAUAUUAUGCUUGACUGACUUAUAUUGGUUAAUCAGAUCACUGAUUCUCAGUUACGUACUCUUAGUCCUUUUGGAAUUGGAGUUUAUUUUCUUUCACCACAAUAACUGCUACUAUUGGGAUGUUUAACAACCUUUACUACCCAUGAGGGUCUUCCACAGUUAGCCAUAUGAUAACUGUUUUUGCUAACUGUUAUAUGAGGGUUAGGUUCAACAUAUUGCCAAAAAAAACAUAUCUUUCUUGAGCUUAUACUUAACAAUACUCAUCAUUGGAUUGUAUUUGGACCCUUGUCUUAUCCAUCACCUCAACCUAUCCAGAGAUUUUUUCACAAUUUUGUCCAAUAAUCAGCCCUUCGACCUAUCAUCCCCAUAGACUUAUAGUUCAGGAAAUACGAUAUUGGCAAAUAGGAAGUAGACCUGAAAGUGCUCAUACGUUACACCUAAUCACUGUGGAGCUGCUGACCAAAUAUGUAGUAGUUUCUGUGAAUAGUGUGACUAAAAUAUUUGUUAGACAGACAAGGUGAUUGCAAUAUUUAAUUAGAAUUGUCACAUAAAGAUGUGACUAUGUUCUAUAUUGGCCCAACAACUCUUGAAAAUGUAUUUUUAAAUAUUUAAGAUAGUCAACUUUGCUCGGAGCUUUAUAAAUGUUAGUAAAACAUGACAAUGUAUUCUCUAACCUACCGGUAUGUAUAAUUGAGAAAUUGAUUAUAGUCACAAUUAUUAUCAAUUUUUGUCGAGCCUUCGACUUUUGUCGAAAAAGCGAGACAUGUCGGCGUCGUCGUGGGCGGCGUCCACAAAUAUUCACUCUGUGGUUAAAGUUUUUGAAAUUUUAAUAACUUUCUUAAACUAUCCUGGAUUUCUACCAAACUUGGACAGAAGCUUGUUUAUGAUCAUAAGAUUAUAUUCAAAAGUAAAUUUUGUAAAAAAAAAAAAUCCAUUUUUUCCGUAUUUUACUUAUAAACGGUCUUAGUUUUUCUGCCAGGAAACAUUACAUUCACUCUGUGGUUAAAGUUUUUAAAAUUUUAGCAACUUUCUUAAACUAUCCUGGAUUUCUACUUGGAAAGAAGCUUGUUUAUGAUCAUAAGAUAGUAUCCAGAAGUAAAUUUUGUAAAAAAAAAAUUCCAUUUUUUCCGUAUUUUACUUAUAAAUGGACUUAGUUUUUCUGCCAGGAAAUAUUACAUUCACUCUGUGGUUAAAGUUUUUAAAAUUUUAACAACUUUCUUAAACUAUCCUGGAUUUGUACCACACUUGGACAGAAGCUUGUUUAUGAUCAAAAGCUAGUAUCUAGAAGGAAAUUUUGAUAAAAUUUUGUUCCAUUUUUUCCGUAUUUUACUUAUAAAUGGACUUAGUUUUUCUUCCAGUCAACAUUACAUACAUUCUGCAGUUUAAGUUUUUAAAACAUUUAUUAGAUUCAUAAAUUAUCCUGGAUUUUUACCAAACUUGGACAGAGGCUACUUACAAUCAAAAGAUAGUAUAGAGAGGAAUAUUUUUUUUAAUUUUUUUUCCUCAUUUUUGUUGAGCCUGCGAUUAACAGCAAAAGUAGGCGAGACACUGGGUUCCGCGGAACCCUUACGAAUUUUCUUUCAAAUGAUCUGGUGGAGCUUACAUUUUAAUUUGCUUAAGGACAGUCUAUUUGAAGAUGUGUGUGAUGAGGAUGAUUGCCUUAUAAUUAUUAUUACUGAUUUUUAAUCGCCUUUCAAUGUCACAAAAAGUCAAUACAAAAAAACUGAGUGUAUGGUGUGUGUAUAUGUUGAGUAAAGUGACAAUGAUGACAAUGUGUUAUUUUAAUUUCAAUUGCAUAAUUUUCAAAUGUCUGUGAUAUAUAAAAAAAUCUGUGAUAAAAAUAUUAGUUUCAAAUAAUAUGGCUUACAUGUAAAUAUGUAAAUCUAAGUUGAAUUUUGUUUUAAACGUUACAGAAAAAAAUUAUACAGAAAAGAUAAUAGAUCAUAGUAGAUAAUAAGAUGGUAAAUAUAUAAAACAACCCCAAAAAAAGGAGAGUGUGACCAUCGCACUCACCUUAUCCCCCUUUAGAAAAACCUAAAUACAGAGGAAAGAAAAAGAAAAAAUGACAAUAUAUAAAGGUAUGGUAUGGAAUGAAAGUUAUUCUGUCUAAUUUGGUGUGUGAUCUAUUUGCAUUAAUGUUACCUAAACCUUUUGUUACAUUUAAUAUGCAUUUAGUAAAAUUUUCAAGGAAAAUCUUUAAAGAAAAUUCAUUGAGCUGUUUAAGAAAGGAAAUCAAUAAGGUUGAAAUACCUUUUGCAAAUUGUACCCCAAAAGACGGGUCUAUAGAUGAACUUGUCUAUGAUUAGGGAAAUAGUUAAACCCUGCUCAGUCACUUGAAUUAAAUCAAGUAAUAAUAUAGAUUGAAUAAUUUAUUAAUCUUUCUUUUUGUUUUUUAUUGUGUAUUGAUGUUUGUUUAUUGACACUUUGUUCAUUGCAAAGAGAUGAUUUUUUGUAUAAACUUGCAAUUAUCUAUCAAAUUAUGAUAUUAUCAUAUAUUUGAUAACUUUCAUAUUGGUUAGGGUUAGCUGGUAGAUAGUUGUUUGGGAUAUUAUUUGAAAUCGAUUGGGAAUGUUAUUGUAUUAAUGAUUUUUGUUUGGCAAGUGAAAAUACUGUUAUUGUUUUUAUAUGUCUUUCAUAAACCAGAUGUAUUA